CUUCGCCGCGGUGGCGGCCGGCGGCGACGGUGGGGGUGGCGCCAUGGUGGGCGUGGAGGGGACGCAGUUCGUGGUGGGCGGCGGCAGGACGGUCUACUUCAGCGGCUUCAACGCGUACUGGCUGAUGAUGAUGGCGUCCGACCCGGCGCGGCGCGGCGCCGUGGCGGCGGCGUUCCGGCAGGCGGCGGCGCGCGGCCUCAACCUCGCCCGCACGUGGGCCUUCAGCGACGGCGGCGACCAGCCGCUCCAGUCGUCGCCGGGCGUCUACGACGAGGCCAUGUUCCAGGGGCUGGACUUCGUGAUCGCCGAAGCGAGGCGGCACGGCAUAUACCUCCUCCUCUGCCUGACCAACAACUUCGACGACUUCGGCGGCAAGCGGCAGUACGUCCGGUGGGCGGCCGACGCCGGCCACAACCUCACCGCCGGCGACGACUUCUUCACCAGCGACGUCGUCAAGUCCUACUACAAGAACCACGUCAAGGCGGUGGUGACGAGGGUGAACACGGUGACGGGUGUGGCGUACAAGGACGAGCCGACCAUCUUGGCGUGGGAGCUCAUGAACGAGCCGCGGUGCGACGCCGACCCCGGCGGCGGCACGGUGCAGGCGUGGGUGGAGGAGAUGGCGCCGUACGUGAAGAGCGUCGACGGCGGCCGGCACCUGGUGACGGCGGGGCUGGAGGGGUUCUACGGCGACGGCGAGCACGAGAGCAGGGAGCUCAACCCGUGGGGCAUCUACUACGGCACCAACUACGUCGCCACGCACCGCGCCGCCGGCGUCGACUUCGCCACCAUCCACCUCUACCCGGACGUCUGGCUCUGGGGCUCCACCGCCGACGAGCAGGCCGCCUUCCUCCGGAACUGGACGCGCUCCCACAUCGACGCCACGGCGGCCUACCUCGGCAAGCCGCUGCUCGUCACCGAGUACGGCAAGUUCCUCUGGAAGGACGGCGCCGGCUGCGCCGCCGACAAGACGCAGAGGAACUACUUCCUCGACGUGGUGCUCGACGCCAUCUACGCCUCGGCGGCGCGCGGCGGGCCGCUCGUCGGCGGCGCCUUCUGGCAGCUGCUGCUCGACGACGACGUCGUCCACGGCAUGGACGACCUCAGGGACGGCUACGAGAUCAUCUUCCCGGAGGACACCCGCGCCGCGACCAUCAUCGGCGAGCACUCCGAGCAGCUGGCCAGCCUCAACGGCCAGGACGCGGAGGCGCUUCGCCGCCGGGCGGCGGCGAGCUCGCACCGCAAGACGCGUCUAGGCAGCUCUCCUAGCGGCGGCGGCGGCGAAGAAGAAGAAACAGUCAGCCUCCCUCGAAUGCUCUUGAUUCGUUUCAUCUCUUUGUCGAGAUCAAUCAGUUCAUUUAUUUCAGAAAAAAAAUCAUUCUUUUGUAAUUUGCAUCACGCAAGCCUUCCUUGUCCAUAGCUGUAGCUGUUAGUUGGCAAAUCUUGCAACUGUAACUUGUCGAAAUCAUCAGGGAGGCUUCAAGAUGACUGUCCUUCUGUUUUGUACCAUAGUUUUGUGUACGAGCUUUUUUACCGUCCCUAAAAAAUA